AUGUAAUAAAAGUAAAGACCAAAGUAAUUGGACCCUAUCAAACGUGUAAAGGAUCCAGAUCCUGUUGAUUUAGGAAGUCCAUUGUAGUUUAUUAAUUAAAUGUUGUAACCUAAGGAAUCAGAAUAUAAAAGAAAGCAUCAUAAGAAAGAAAGAACUUAAAUAUCAAAAAAGUUGGAAUACGAUAUCUAGGAGGCUCUAAAAUAAACAGAUUACGAUGAAAGUUGAUUUUGAAAAUAAAUAUAGGAAACAUUUUACAUAGAGCUUGUCUUGAUUAACAAAUCAAACAAAUUAAAGAUAUAAUUGAAGAUUUGGUAGCAAAGAAAGAUGAUGUUGCUCUAUAGGAAUGCCUAGUAAAGUAAGAUAAAUUUCAUUGUUAACCUUUGUUAUUAUGUUGUAUUAAGCCAAAAACUCUAGAAUCUGAUUAGAUUAGAAUGUUAUGCAUUUAAUUAUUAUUGAAUCCAUGUAAAGAGAAACCACACAUAAAAGCAGAUGUAAAUUGUUACAAUCCAAGAACAUAAUGGACUUGUUUACAUUGGGCAGCAUAUUAUGGAGAUAAGGAAAGUGUGGAAGUAUUACUUGAAAAUAACAUUCAUGUUUUUUUGCCAGAUUAUAAAGGAUAAUAUGCAGUAGAUUUAGCAGGUAAAAAUAAGUACGAGGAAGUUGUAACUUUAAUAAUAAUGAGGAGUAUUGAAAUAUUGGAUUAUUUAAAAUAUGGAAGUUAAUAAAAAUAUAAAGCAUAUUUUGAGAGUCUCACUCCUGAACUUCUUAAANUAAAGGAAAAUGGAUUUUGCAGCUGCAUAUUUGAUAUUCAAUUUUUAUGCAGCCUAAAAAUAGAAUGA